CCUGGGAAGCUGUAACCUGAAGCCUGCCGAAGGCUGGGCUGGGGGAAGCAGCAAAAAGCAGAUGUGGCUGCACCAAACCCGAACUGUCCUCGACUCACACCCGCUGGGAGCCCCGAGAGCAGCGGCCGAGAGGAGCCCCAGGUCCAGGCAUGCAGAUUCCAGUGGUUCUCCUUUUCCUGGGUCUCUUAACUGUCCCAAGCAGAACCCAGAACUCAGCUACUGAGCAGAACUCUGCCACAGCUGAUGGAGCCAAUGCUGGUGAGGAAGAGGAAGAUCCAUUCUACAAGAGCCCUGUGAACAAGCUGGCAGCUGCAGUCUCCAACUUUGGCUACGACCUGUACCGCCAGCAGUCCAGCCGGACAGCCACGGCCAACGUGCUGCUGUCUCCCUUCAGCCUGGCUACUGCACUUUCUGGUCUCUCACUUGGGGCUGGAGAACGAACCGAGGAUGUGAUUUCUCGCGCCCUCUUCUACGAUCUGCUCAACAAGGCUGAGGUCCACGACACCUACAAGGACCUCCUGGGCAGUGUGACUGGGCCAGAGAAGAGCAUGAAAAGUGCCUCCCGGAUCGUCUUGGAGAAAAGACUCAGGGCAAGGCCUGGAUUUCACAGCCAGCUCGAGAAGUCCUACAAGAUGAGACCAAGGGCACUGAGUGGCAACACCCAGCUGGACCUCCAAGAAAUCAACACCUGGGUCCGACAGCAGACAAAGGGAAGGAUCAUGAGGUUCAUGAAGGACAUGCCCACAGAUGUCAGCAUUCUCCUUGCUGGGGCUGCUUUCUUCAAGGGGACAUGGAAAACCAAGUUUGACACCAAGAAGACUGCCCUGAAGGACUUCUACCUGGAUGAGGACAGGAUUGUGAAGGUGUCCAUGAUGUCAGACCCCAAAGCCAUCCUGAGAUAUGGUUUUGACUCAGAACUCAACUGCAAGAUUGCCCAGCUGCCCCUGACAGAGGGAAUCAGUGCCAUGUUCUUCCUGCCCACAAAAGUGACCCAGAACAUGACUCUGAUUGAGGAAAGCCUCACUUCUGAGUUUGUCCACGAUGUGGACAAGGAGCUGAAGACAGUCCAUGCUGUGCUGAGCCUGCCCAAACUAAAGCUGAACCACGAAGAGGCACUUGGCAGCACACUAAAGGAGACAAGGCUCCAAUCACUUUUCACAUCACCUGAUUUCUCCAAGAUUUCUGCCAAACCUCUGAGAUUAUCUCAUGUGCAACACAAGGCAAUGCUGGAGCUUAGUGAGGAUGGGGAAAGAUCCACACCAAACCCUGGGGUCAGUGCUGCUCGUCUGACCUUCCCCAUAGAAUACCACGUGGACAGACCCUUCCUUCUUGUACUGAGGGAUGAUACCACUGGAACCCUCCUCUUCAUUGGCAAGAUCCUGGAUCCCAGGGGUGUUUAGAUCCCUUCACAAUAAUCUGCAAUGGUAGGGGCCAAAUGGAAAGGGUGAUAUUGGGAGGGAUACUGGCUCCCUGCUCUGCUGCACAAAGACACAAUUUGCAAAUCUUACGCCUUCAUGCUGCAAUAAAAGAGCUUUUGCUAUUAAUCUCA